AUGAGUACCUUCGCUCAGUCCACAUGGGGCCCAAUACUCGUCGGGACCUUUAUAAACAUACUCUUAUUUGGAGUCACGGUCGCACAGCUGUAUAUGUACCACCAAUCAUACACAAGGGAUAAAUUCUGGUUGAGAUGCUUUAUCGGUAUCCUUUUCGUCGCAGAUACAAUCAAUACAGUUUUCGACAUGCAACUAGUGUAUGACGCCCUUAUCAACCAUUUCUCCGAUGAAUCGUACCUCGAAGUUGCGACAUGGGUCUUCCGGACGGAUCCCGCUGGUGUCAUCGGGAUGGCAGUCCAGCUAUUCUUCGCCUGGAGAGUAAAAGUAUUGACCAAUAGCAUCUGGGCCACCAUCCUCGUCGGCUUCUGCGCAUUUGUUUCGUGCUGCGCAGGGGUGGCUACGGCGAUAGCGGUCGGCAUCGUUCCGCGCUUCGUUGAGUUCCAGACAUUCAAGCCGGCUGUCAUAAUCUGGCUCGCUCUCUCUGCUCUUUGUGAUUGCCUCAUUACACUCAUUCUAGUGUCGUAUCUGAGAAAACAGAAGAGCGCGUUCGUGGUGACAGAUGGAAUCGUGGACAGGAUCAUCAGACUCACGGUGCAAACUGGCUUGAUUACAUCCAUCGUGGCUGUUGCCGCUCUCAUCGCCUUUCUAGCGAGUCCCAACGGCCUGCAUCUUGUCUUCAACAUGCCUCUUGCGAAAUUGUAUACCAACUCCUUACUUUCGUCACUCAACGCAAGAACCGGUUGGGCCUACAAUUCAUCAUCACAGCCUGAUCACCAAGCGAACACCCUCCAUGGACAAUCAUCGAAAGGUGCAAGGAGGCGUCAGGACGUGCUCACUUUCGAGGGUACAACGACCGCUCCCGAGGUGUUUGUAAACGUCGAACAACAUGAGAUGAGCGACUCCAUCGUGGGCGCGAAUAAGCGUGGCAGCGGGGAUUACACUUUCGACGUUACCACGGACUCGAAAGCGUAUCCGUAA